UAACAAUCAAUACUAGAGAUGACCAGAAAGUCCUUCAACAAGUAGGGGAACAGGCAAGCUCACCUGAGAUGGUGCCUCAGAAGAUAUCAUCAAAAAUUGGGGAACACAGUAAAUGGACAAGAUCAGCCAAAAGGAAGUGGUUUUUGGUGCUUUUAUAUGGGACAUGUGCAUGCUAUGCAGCCAGAACUGCUAUGCCUCUUACUGUAUCUGCUGUCUCCAAGAUGGAGGCUUGGAACAAGAAGGAGGCAGGAACUGUUCUCUCCAGCUUCUUUUGGGGCUAUACACUUACACAAGUGCUUGGAGGAUAUUUGAGUGAUCGCAUUGGUGGUGAUAUCAUUCUGCUGAUUGCUGGCCUUGCAUGGUCUCUCAUUACAUUCCUUCAUCCUCAGAUUAUUUGGAUUUUUUCAGAUCACUCUUGGUCUGUGAAUACCUUAUGUCUUUUUCGUGUAUUAAUGGGUGCCUGCCAGGGAGUCCAUUUCCCAGCUCUUGCUAGCAUCUCAACUCGUUAUCUGAAUGAAAAACAAAGAGCGGGUUUCCUCGCUACACUUAUGGCAGGCUCUUCAAUAGGAUGUCUUUUUACUGGUACAAUUGGGACAUUUAUGCUGCGCACUUUUGGAUGGCCAUCAGUAUUUUAUGCAGUUGGUGUGUUUAGCCUUGCCUGGCUUUGUAUAAUGCACCAUGUUAUGAAGUCAUCACAUCCCAAUAGAGUGGUGGUGGUGUCAGUGAAUGAGGAGCUCUUGCCAGUGAAACCUCAGAGUUCCAGACCUAGUGAUGCUGAGCCUGUUCCAUGGAAGAUCUACCUCUUGAGCCCUGCAGUAUGGGCAUCCAUCCUUAGUCACACAUGUGCAAACUAUUCCUGGUUUCUCUUAUUAUCAUGGCUUCCAACAUAUUUUUAUGAAUCUUUCCCCGGAGCUGAGGACUGGCUCUUCAAUGUGCUCCCAUGGCUGGCUCAUAUCCCUGCCACUAUCUUUGUUGCAAAGUUGUCACGUUGGAUGAUUGAGAAAGGAGUUGCAGUGGUUACAACAAGGAAGAUCAUGGAAUGCACCUGUCAAUUCACACAAGCAAUAUUGUUUUACUUCAUUACACAAGUGAAUGAUUUUCAUAUUGCAUUAUUGAUCAUGUGCAUUGCAGUUGCAAGCAAUGCAUUUCAUGUCAGUGGUUCAGUUGUAAACCCUCAGGAUCUUGCUCCUAAACAUGCUGGGAGUAUAUAUGGAUUGCAAAAUAUGGCAGGAGCUAUUCCUGGAUUCCUUGGAGUGUAUCUAGCUGGUUUCAUCCUUGAAACUACAAAGAGUUGGGACAUGGUUUUCCGAUUGGCAAGCAUCAUGAGCAUAUUUGGGUGGUAUAUUGUUUGGCGAUGCUUUCUGUCAAGAUUCAAAUUUGUUCGUGAACUCUUGGGUACUGUGAGCGAUGGCACUCCUGCUGAAGAGCAUGGGGUGUUGGACAUUCCUAGCAAGGACAUCCCCAACGCACACAAGGGAUAUUGCCCGAAUCACAACCAACUUCACCUGUUCCACGAA